CAUCUCGGCAACGUUCUCCAAGCUGUUGGUGAUUUUCGCAAACUCGCGCGAGACGAGAGCUCCAGCGGCACGCUCGUUUCCUGGGUUCCUGUUCUGUUCAGUCAGUUUCGUAUCUUCAGGUUCAUAAUUGAAAAUUAUUUUCCUCUCAAUUCACAAGACUCGCGAACGAAAUACUUUUGUGUUUUGGUUUCUGAAUUUUUGUGAGAGUUUUCAAUGAGGCCGGAAAUUUUCUUGCUUUGGUUGAGCUUAUCCAUCGGGGUAUUAACCCUUGAACCCAAGAGAAGGUGAAUGCCAGUUGUUCUUCUGCUUGCCGACUAUUGCGCUGUAUCUUCCAUUCUACGUUUUCGGUCCCUUUCCAUGAUUCAUUUCAGUUAAAUUCAGUCAAGUCUGUUGAUUUUUAUUCAUUGACCAGCUGAAUUUAUUUGGUGCUUCUGCCGUUCAACCCCUUACCGUUUUAAUUCAUGUUUGAUUAUGUUGCUCUAGUUGUUGUCAUAUGCUAUUUUCCCUUUGGUUUCGCACUUGUGGCAUUUGAGUCGGGAAGUCCAACUUGUCAAAUUUAAGUUCUUUUGGUUCAUGUUAAUUCACGCACAAAAACAGAGAUAAGUUGAUCUUGCUUUCUUCUGCCAGUAGUGACAAGUAUGGGCAGACGAAAACAAAGUAGACCCCAUCGAUCUGGCGGGAUAGUACUAGAAACACAGGCAACUGUUGCAACAGAAUUGGAUAAACAGAAAGUGCUGGAAACUGGGGGACAAGCGAGGGAGGAUUUUGGUGAAGUUCACAAUCCCUACUUUGUGGAAGUUGAUAGGUCCGGUUGGUUCUCAAACGAACACCUUGAUAUUUCUGAAGUUGUUCUAACUGAUUUGAAGAUGAGAGAAGGUUUUUCGGGUUUUGAACUUUCCGAUGACUUUUAUCAGGAUUUCCAACAUUCUCUAAGAUUUCAGGUGUUUAAUGCCAAUCAGAUCCUUGGUCGAAUUAAACUAGGCCAUUGGCCUAUAUUGGCUUCUUCUGAUAUUCAUCUAGAGUUUGUAAAAAGAGUAAUGGAUCAUGGGGAAACAUGUACGGUGCUGUUAUCUGGGGUUUUUGAUGGACCUGAUGAAGGUGUCUCUGGUCUUAUUCACUUGGCAAGUUUGAAAUUUCUUACAUUGAGGCCAGUUCUUGGGAGUAGAUUUUCUGAAGACAUGCCCUCCCUUAGAUUAAGGGUUGAGAUACUAAAGGGUGCCUUUGAUGCAUGUGAAUCACUUCUAGACAGUUCCAGACAACUAUGGAAGAAGAGUAUGAUGAAUGUCAUGUCUUGGCUACGCCCUGAAAUUAUGACGUCCGAGGUUAGAUAUGGGGUGGGUUGCUAUAUGAAAGUGGAAGUUGAUCCACAGACUGAGAUCAGGGAUGAUACUCGCUAUACCCAGAAACAUGUGAACUUUAACCCAGCAGGUUUCUAUGAAGCCAUUAGGCCUUCAAAAUCAGAACCAAUGCUUCAGGAAGACAUACCUGACUUACUUCCUGAAUUGAGACCAUAUCAAAGGCGUGCAGCUUUUUGGAUGGUAGAGAGAGAGAAAAAAAGAGCUGGAGGUCAGGGGGAAAGAGAGAGAAGUCAUUUUCAUUCUCCUUUGUGUGUGCCCGUGGAUUUUAUUGACAUGAGCUCUAAAAUGUUCUUUAAUCCAUUCAGUGGAAAUAUUUCAUUGUACCCAGAGACUCAUGCACCUUGUGUGGUUGGAGGCAUUCUUGCAGAUGAAAUGGGUUUGGGCAAAACUGUUGAACUACUUGCUUGCAUCUUUGCUCAUCAGAGAUCAGCAUCUGAAAGUGACAUUCUUGUUGACUCAAAGGUGCAGGUUAAUGAGGAUCAUAAGGUGAAUUUUAAAAGACUCAAAAGAGAUCGUGUGGAGUGUACAUGUGGAGCUGUGAGUGAAAGUCUCAAAUAUAAGGGUCUAUGGGUUCAGUGUGACAUUUGUGAUGCUUGGCAACAUGCAGAUUGUGUUGGUUAUUCUCCCAAAGGAAAAUCACUGAAAUCAAAAGAGGGAUCUGAAAGCAAGAAAUUUAAAACCACCAUAGCUGUAAGGGAUGGGGAUUAUGUAUGCCAAAUAUGCUCAGAACUAAUACAAGCUACUGAAUCUCCUAUUGCUUCUGGUGCCACUCUUAUUGUUUGUCCAGCUCCUAUUUUGUCCCAGUGGCAUGAUGAAAUUAUCCGUCAUACACGUCCAGGCUCCUUGAAAACGUAUAUUUAUGAAGGUGUGCGAGACACAUCUUUCACCAAUACAUCUAUGAUGAAUAUCAGUGAACUUGCUUCUGCGGACAUUGUAUUAACAACAUACGAUGUACUUAAAGAGGAUCUGUCUCAUGAUUAUGAUAGGCAUGAAGGUGAUCGGCACUUUUUGAGAUUUCAAAAAAGGUACCCAGUUGUCCCCACUCUUCUCACAAGAAUAUCCUGGUGGAGAAUUUGCCUGGAUGAGGCUCAAAUGGUGGAGAGUAAUGCUGCAGCUGCCACUGAAAUGGCACUGCGGCUCAAUGCAAAGUAUCAUUGGUGCAUUACGGGAACCCCCAUUCAGCGAAAGCUUGACGACUUGCAUGGAUUAUUACGAUUCCUUAAAGCUAGUCCUUUUGAUAUUUACCGUUGGUGGGCUGAUGUUAUUCGGGAUCCUUAUGAGAAGGGAGAUAUUGGAGCUAUGGAAUUUACACAUAAAAUGUUCAAACAAGUCAUGUGGCGCUCUUCAAAAGAACAUGUUGCAGAUGAGUUGCAGCUUCCUUCUCAGGAGGAAUGCCUCACUUGGCUCUCUCUCUCACCAGUAGAAGUGCACUUUUACCAAAGGCAACAUGAAACUUGUGUUAACUAUGUUCAUGAAAUUAUUGACAGUUUGAGAAAUGACAUUCUUAAUAGAAGUGUUCCAGGUUCUGUUUCUUCAGAUGAUUUUUCUGAUUCCUUCAUAACUCACACAGAGGCUGGGAAGUUAUUGAAUGCUCUGCUGAAGCUUCGUCAGGCUUGUUGUCACCCCCAGGUUGGAAGCUCUGGGUUGCGCUCUCUGCAACAGUCCCCGAUGACCAUGGAGGAAAUACUGAUGGUCCUUAUAAGUAAGACUAAGAUAGAAGGUGAGGAAGCUCUCAGGAGGUCAGUUGUUGCUUUAAAUGGACUUGCUGCUAUAAGCAUAAUGCAGAAGGAUUUUUCUCAAGCAGCAUUGCUGUACAUUGAAGCACUGACUUUAGCCGAAGACCAUUCUGAAGAUUUCCGCCUAGAUCCUUUGUUAAAUAUUCACAUUCAUUAUAAUCUGGCCGAAAUACUUCCACUAACUACAAACAUUUCACUUGAGCUCCCCUGCAAAGGAAGGCAGUUCUCUAGAACUUCACAACUUAAGUCAACGAAAAAGCAUAUUCUUGAAGAGGUUGAUUGUUCUUUUGUUAAGAAGAAGAAAGGGAAUGACUCUGAUGAUAUAUAUUUCAAAAUGGCUUCUGGAGAACCAUUGAACAGUACACCUAGCUUUUCAGAAAAUGACUUAAAGAGGCACCAGGAAGUUAAUGAUUCAUCUACAAGUUCUUUACAGUUUUUGAAAGCAGAAUGUGAAGAUUUGAAACAUAAAUACUUAUCUGUGUUCAGUUCAAAGCUAUCUGCAGUCCAACAGGAGUUUCAGAAAGUGUAUUUGCAGGUCUGCAAUGCAUAUAGUGAGAGUACAAAUGAGCCCACAAUUUGGUGGUUAGAAGCACUUCAUCAUGCUGAACAGAACAAGGAUUUUUCCGAUGAGUUGCUUAGGAAGAUUGAAGAAGCAAUUGCAGGAACUUUGAACAAUUCAAAGCCACCAAGAGUUACUGCUCGUUUCCGGAGCAUACACUCUCUGAAGUAUCAAAUCCAGACAAGUUUGGAUCAAUUAGAAGCUUCUAGGAAUGUGCUAUUUGAUCGAAUUUUGGAAAUUGAUCAGACUAUGGACAAACCAAAAGAAGAGGACAUUGAACGUGUGGGUAAAUGUCGAAAUUGCCAACCUCAUUCUGAUGGUCCGCCAUGCAUUUUGUGUGAACUUGAUGAAUUGUUUCAGGAUUAUGAAGCAAGGCUCUUUGUUCUAAAGAAUGAACGUGGAGGAAUAAUUUCAUCUGCUGAGGAGGCAGUGGAUCUGCAGAAGAAAAAUUUUGCACUGAAUCGUUUCCUUUCAAAGCUAUCACAAUCUAAUCACAUUUCAAAAACAUCUGAUAUUGGCUAUGAAGAAUCAAGAAAAAGAAAUGUUGGAGAAAGAGUUGUGGUUUCAAGAUCAGCAUCUCAAUUGGAAGUUAUUCUUGGUGUGUUAAAGACCUAUUGCAAAGCUCGGUUGGGAAAGGAUAGUGUUUCAACAGCCACCAAACAUUUACAUAUUUUUGAGGGUAUGCGAAAGGAGUUUGGCCAUGCAAGGUCUUUGGCUUUAGCCCAAGCUCAAUAUCUGCGUGCCCAUGAUGAAAUUAAGAUGGCAGUUUCCCGGUUGCACCUAAAGGCAAAUGAAAAUGACAAGUCUCUUGAUGCUUUAGGUGAAAAUGAAUUAUGUGCAGCAAGUUCAAACUUUUCCCAUGAUAAGUUUUUGUCUUUGGCCUCAUUGUCACAAGUAAAAGGAAAACUUCGCUACUUAAAGGGUUUGGUACAAUUGAAACAACGGCCAUUGGAGCAUGCAGAAAGUUCUUCAUUUACUCAGGUGGCUACUGCAAUGUCAAAUUUCACAGAAGAGAAAUGCAUGCCUGCAUCUAAAGCUGAUGAGGAUUCAUGCCCAGUUUGCCAAGAAAAGCUGGGCAGCCAGAAAAUGGUUUUUCAGUGUGGGCAUGUCACAUGUUGUAAAUGUUUAUUUGCUAUGACAGAGCAAAGGCUCCAAAAUAGCAAGUUUCAUAAAUGGGUUAUGUGUCCAACAUGUCGACAGCACACUGAUUUUGGUAACAUUGCAUAUGCUGUUGAUAGACAGCAUGAAUCUUUCAAAACUUCUGUGCUGCAGAAUGUUGACAACAGUGAGAAAUGUGAAUCAUCCAUCAGCGUUAAAGGUUCCUACGGAACUAAGAUUGAAGCAGUCACUAAAAGAAUCUUGUGGAUCAAGUCUACAGACCCUAAAGCAAAAGUCCUCGUGUUUUCUAGCUGGAAUGAUGUUCUUGAUGUAUUGGAACAUGCUUUUGCUGUCAAUAAUAUCACCUACAUUCGGAUGAAAGGAGGCAGAAAAUCUCAUGUUGCCAUCAGUCAAUUUAAAGGGCAGCAAAAUGACGAAAGAGGAACAUCCCAGGAAUCGACAUCAAAAUUUAUUCAGGUUUUAUUAAUUUUGAUUCAACAUGGAGCUAAUGGCCUCAAUCUUCUGGAAGCACAGCAUGUGGUCCUUGUGGAGCCAUUACUCAAUCCUGCUGCUGAAGCACAAGCAAUCAGUCGUGUGCAUAGAAUUGGGCAGAAAAAUAAGACUCUCAUUCAUCGUUUCAUUGUGAAAGACACAGUUGAAGAGAGCAUAUAUAAGCUGAACAGGAGCAGGGCUAGCCAUUCAGUCAUCAGCGGUAACACGAAAAAUCAAGACCAGACUAUGUUGACCCUGAAAGAUGUUGAAACCUUGUUGGCAACAGCUCCAUUAACGAGAUCAGAAAGUGAUGAAAAUUCCGCUGCAAGUUUAAGGCACUUGCCACCUUCAAUGGCCGCCGCUAUUGCUGCUGAGAGGAGACUUAAUGAACAAAGGGCAUGAUUCACUUCUCUUGCAUUUUUCUUCGUUUCAAAGAUGGAAUCGUUGCACUUUACAGGAGUUUCGUUUCCUGGCGGCAUUAAGAGGCAGAAGAAGUUGCAGAGCACAAAAGUAGCGAGGGAAAAUUUAGUUUUACCUGUAGAUUAGUGUAACCAAUAGCAGUUUCUGCCUUGUUUAGAAAUUAAUUUUUUGGGUUGCCAAAAAAAAAAAAAACUAACUUUUGUAGUUGCAAAGCACAAAGGGGUGGGGGAUUUUGUAGGUUUUCUCUGUAGAUUGAUGCAACGAAAAUUAGUUUUCUUUAUUUAGAAAUUAAUUUAUACUGUACAUAUUAGAAUAUUUUUGUUUUCACUUUUUCAAUUAGGUGACAUCAGUGUAAUAAAGAUCGUUCCUUUUCAUGCUGAAGCAUGUGAUGUGUCAACUUCAAAUUUCAAUAAAAUAAGAUGGCUUAAUUUGUUGUAAA